CCAAGUAAACCAACCAGGAAAAAAAAGAACACCAAACGCAAAUAUGAAUACCAGUAGUACUCCAACUCUGAGUACUCUCCUCCCUACUCUCGCCCUCUCUCUCCUCCUCUUCCUCUCUCUCCCCUCCCACUCCCUCUCCGCCAAACCCCGCUGCCACCCAACCGACAGAAAAACCCUCCUCCAAAUCAAAAACUCCUUCAACGACCCAAACCCAUCCUUGCCCUCAUGGAACCCAGCCAUUACCACCGACUGCUGCGAGUGGUACGGUGUCGGCUGCGACCUCACCACCAACCGCGUCAUCUCCAUCUCCAUCUUCUCCACCAACCUCUCCGGCCAAAUCCCCGCCUCCAUCGCCCUCCUCCCCUCUCUCCAAACCCUUAUCUUACGGAAACUCCCGUACCUCACCGGACCGAUCCCCUCCGCCAUCGCCCAGCUCUCCAACCUCAACAUGCUCCGCCUCAGCUGGACCAACUUAUCCGGUCCCGUUCCUUCGUUUUUAUCCCAGCUAAAAAACCUGACGUUUCUUGAUUUAGCGUUUAAUAAUUUAAACGGUUCGAUCCCCGUCGAGCUCGAUCAGUUACCGCAACUCUACGGGAUUCACUUGGACCGGAACAAGUUGACCGGUCCAAUCCCGGAUUGGAAUUUCCAGUCCGGGACUGCCCCCGAUAUUUAUCUCUCUCAUAACAAAUUAACCGGACCGGUGCCAAAGUCGUUCGGUUACUAUAACUACUCCACGGUGGAUUUGUCCCGUAACAUGCUUUCGGGCGAUUUAUCGUUCAUGUUCGGGUCGAACAAAACGGUUCAGAUCGUUGAUUUCUCGAGGAACUUGUUCGAGUUUAAUUUGAGUGACGUGGUUUUUCCCGCGAGCUUGACGUCGUUGGAUUUGAAUCACAAUAAGAUAUUCGGAAGUCUUCCGGCGGAGCUGACCGCACUGGAAUUUCAGUACUUGAAUGUGAGCUAUAAUCGGCUGUGUGGGAAGAUUCCGACCGGAGGGAAGUUGCAGAGCUUCGAUGUGACGUCGUAUUUCCACAACCGGUGCUUGUGCGGGAAUCCAUUGCCGGCUUGCUAAAUAGAUUAAGCGUUAAAUAAUGUUACACGCUUGUACUAAUGUGCCAAACUGCCAGUAUGUUUUUUUAAUAGUUAGAUGUUCGGGUCAGUUUCUGAUUUUGUGCCCAUAUCAAGGCGUAAAUGUAUCAAAACAUACAUUUAACA